AUGACUACAAUGACUUGGCCAGAUGACAAAAAAAUAAUACCAUAUAAUCCGCGAGAUAAGACAUUAUCCACUAUCAAGGCAUUAUUUUACAACGUUGGCUUUACCACUGCUUUUAUAUAUUCUGUAGUUAGUCUAGUAUUGGAGCCGUUAUUAAGAGUACAGUUUGAACAAAGACACCAGUUAUCUCUUUAUACUUUAUUGAGGAUAAGGAGAGUGGUAAACAGCGCACAGAAGAAAUUACGAACAACACCUGUUUCCACGCUGGAAUUCAAUAAACAGGACAAGUCAGCAGAAAGAUGCAUUCAGACAGAUGAUUUAUUUGAGAAAGAAGUAACAUUCGAAGCGCAGACCCAUUGGCCAGAUAUAGAGAGUAAAAUAAAUGGUGCUGUCUGGAAGUUAAAUCAUAUCAACCAAUCCAUUCACUCAUCGUCGAACGACAUUGCAUCGUUUAGUUUCCAAGUAAAAUUACUAACCGACCAGAUGCAGUUAACUGAUACUUCGGAGAAGGUAAUACAUAAAGCUAAAAAGGUAGCAGUCUCAAUUCGUCAAAUCAAAGGUUGGUAUGUUCAAGGGAAAAUCCCUAAAUGA